GGCCGCGCGGGGCUCGGGGCGCAGAGGCUUUAGAAGCGUCUCGCUCCAGGCAUUGCUAGUGCAGCUUCCGCCGCGCAGCCGCCGCCGACAGCUCGGGAUGCUGCCCCUGCUGCCCCCGCUCCGUCGCGCCCUGCUCUCCGGCCCCUGGCGGGCGGGGUUUCGAUGGCAGCGUGCUGCCUCCAUGAAAGUGGACAAUGAACCUAUCUUGGCAUUCACCCCAGGCAGCCCUGAGCGGACAGCCUUGCAGCAGGCCUUGAAGAACCUGGAGGAUAAGACAGAAGCCAUUCCAUGUGUCAUUGGUGAUGAAGAGGUGUGGACCUCGAAUGUGCAGUACCAGGUGUCGCCAUUUAACCACGGGCACAAGGUGGCCAAAUACUGCUAUGCUGACAAGGCCCUCCUCAACAAAGCUAUCGAAGCUGCCUUGGCUGCCCGGAAGGAGUGGGACCUGAGGCCCAUCUCAGAUCGGGCCCAGAUCUUUUUGAAAGCUGCAGACCUGCUGAGUGGCCCCCGAAGGGCUGAGAUCCUUGCCAAGACCAUGGUUGGGCAGGGCAAAACUGUGAUCCAGGCUGAGAUCGAUGCCGCUGCUGAGCUCAUUGACUUCUUCAGAUUCAAUGCCAAGUUCGCCAUGGAGCUGGAGGACGAACAGCUCAUUAGCGUCCCUCCCAGUACCAACAGAGUGCUCUACCGAGGCCUGGAGGGCUUUGUGGCAGCCGUCUCUCCCUUUAACUUCACGGCCAUUGGAGGCAACCUGGCAGGGGCUCCAGCCUUGAUGGGCAACGUAGUGAUGUGGAAGCCCAGCGACACAGCUAUUCUGGCCAACUACACCGUGUACAAAGUCCUUCGAGAGGCUGGUCUCCCCCCAAAUGUCAUCCAGUUUGUUCCGGCCGAUGGACCCGUCUUUGGAGACACGGUCACCAGCUCAGAGCACUUCUGUGGGCUCAAUUUCACUGGCAGCGUGCCGACCUUUAAACGCCUAUGGAAGCAGGUGGCGGACAACUUGGAUCGUUAUCGUACCUUCCCACGUUUGGCAGGAGAGUGCGGCGGGAAGAACUUCCAUUUCGUCCACAGUUCAGCGGAUGUGCCCAGUGUGGUGAGCGGGACGCUGCGCUCUGCCUUCGAGUAUGGCGGUCAGAAGUGUUCAGCCUGCUCUCGCCUCUAUGUCCCGGACUCACUGUGGCCCAAGAUCAAAGAGCAGCUCCUGAAGGAGCACAGCCGCAUGCGAGUGGGCGACCCUGCAAAGGAUUUUGGAACAUUCUUCUCUGCUGUCAUUGAUGCCAAGUCUUUUGGACGCAUUAAGAAAUGGCUGGAGCACAUCCGGUCCUCACCCAAUCUCAGCAUCCUGGCUGGGGGCCAGUGUGAUGACUCUGUGGGCUACUUUGUCCAGCCCUGCAUUGUGGAGAGCAAGGACCCUCGAGACCCGAUCAUGAAGGAGGAGAUCUUCGGCCCCAUCCUGACUGUCUACGUGUACCCAGAAGGCCAGUACAAGGAGACUCUGCAGCUGGUGGACAGCACCUCCCCCUAUGGCCUUACGGGGGCAGUGUUUGCUCAGGAUAAGAGCAUCAUCCACGAGGCCAUGAAGGUGCUGAGGAACGCAGCCGGCAACUUUUACAUCAAUGACAAGUCUACUGGUGCUGUGGUGGCUCAGCAGCCCUUUGGGGGCUCCCGGGCAUCAGGCACAAAUGACAAGCCAGGUGGCCCCCAUUACAUCCUCCGCUGGACCUCCCCCCAGGUCAUCAAGGAGACCCACGCUCCCCUUGGGGACUGGAAGUAUUCCUACAUGCAGUGAGCCCUGGGGGCUGGCUCCUUAUCCGUCCAAGCUACUGACCAGUUGUCUGCCUGCACUGUGAGCCCCUGACCUCCUCUCGCCCCUCUGUAGCCCGGGCCGAGCCUCUGGGGAAUGACAUCAGACCACGUGUGGGUGUACACGCGCACACACACACACACACACACACACACACACACACACAUACACACAUGCUCCUAAACUCCUGCCAGUUCUCCUAACUCAGUCUAUGGAAGCCACCAUCAUGUACGGACCCAGGGGGAGGACUUGGCAGGGCACUGAGUUGUGCAGCAUCAGGACGGUGCUGAUGGAUUGUCCUCCUCUGCCCUUCUGGAAGUGUAUAAGCUCUCACACAUAUUCGUCCCAGCCCCCACAGGGUUUUGUCCUCCAGGGCAGACGUAGGCUUACCUCCUCUUGUCCCAUAAGGGUUGUCGUUGAAUUUCACCAGAGCCUUAAGAACUGAAGGGGAAGGGUCCUUUUUCCCUCCUUCAUCUCAGAAAAUCACCCUUAGCUCAUGGUUCUCAGUGCUGGCUGCCUUCUCUCUCCUCUCUCUCUCUCCUCACAUGUGGGCACAUGAGGUAAAAGUAGAGCAUCCUUCCCUGCUCUCUGUAGGCCCUUUCCUACUUUACCUUAUGCCCAUCUGGAUGGGACCAGGACCAGGGAUCUGCCCCCUCAGGCAUUCCCAUCCACAGAACUCUUUACUGUGGGUGCAUCCUAGGAAAUAGUCUGAGGGGUUCAGCUGGCUCCUUCCUCCUUCCUUCUCUCUCCUGUGGUUUGGGGGUGAGGAAGGAAUGAAGUGGGGGUUAUGCCUUAUUCCUGAUCUUGUUAGCUAGAGUUUAGCUCCUGUCGCUGGGGCAGUGCUUCCAAAGAUGCCAGGCUCACCCAUGGGGAUGGAGAAGCCUGAAAUGUGCCUAUGGGGGAGUAGGCCCAGCACACCUCCCCAACCCCUCUAGCUCCCAAGAGCCGCUCAGGGUCCAUUGCCCUCGGAAUGUUCUGGGCCUCCAAAUGCAGACCACUUUGUGUGACCCUGGGGAUAUCACUUCAUUUCUGCCAUGGUUUCUACACCAGAUAAUUACCCAGUUAACCCUGGAUCCAUAUGGGGUAGCCAUUGAUCUGAGGGGAUCCUGAGACAUGAUUGGGUAUUUGGGCCCAAUUGAUUCUUGGGGUGCAAUGGAAAAGUCAACAGGAUGGCUGGUUCUCUAUGUCCUUGGGACAUGUUACUGUUUGCCGUCUUCCUCUGCGAUGGUACUUGGCUGGAAC